AGCAACUGCCAUAUCCGGCCAUAGCGCUGCGGAGUAUUGCAUUGCGCAUACAUAGUUCGUCGUGUUCGAACUCAAACGGCUUACCUCAGUGUCCGAGCGGUUUUGACAGUCUCCCAAUCACCAAUCGGGGGUCUACUUAACCUCGGUGUAAAGCCCUCCCCUGGCGCAUUCUCCUCCCCAGGCUCGGACUUGACCCCGAUGUUUGGCACUUUUAAGUACUCCGCCCUUAGCAAUCUACGACCCCAUCUUCUCCGCAUUCUCGUUGCUUUCAAUCUAAUUUCUCUCAUACAUCAUUGCCAAUUGAACUGCGACGAUGGUUUACACCGCGUCAUUUGCCUUCUUCGAGGCACUAUGGGAGGCCGGGGUCACCCAUGUCUUUGUUAAUCUAGGGUCUGACCACCCCUCCAUCCUGGAGGCCAUGGUCAAGGGUCAGAAGGAAAAGCCCAACGAGUUCCCCAAGAUCGUGACCUGCCCCAACGAGAUGGUGGCGCUAUCCAUGGCCGAUGGUUACGCCCGCUUGACCGGCCAGCCUCAGUGUGUCAUCGUCCACGUCGAUGUCGGCACCCAGGGCCUCGGGGCGGCCAUCCACAAUGCCUCCUGUGGCCGUGCUCCCGUCUUGAUCUUCGCUGGUCUCUCCCCCUACACCAUUGAGGGGGAGAUGCGCGGGUCGCGCACCGAGUACAUCCAUUGGAUCCAGGAUGUGCCCGACCAGAAGCAAAUUGUCUCACAAUACUGUCGCUACACCGCGGAAAUCCGAUCGGGUAAGAACAUCAAGCAGAUGGUCAACCGCGCCCUCCAAUUCGCCACCAGUGAUCCCCAGGGACCGGUCUAUCUGGUGGGUGCUCGAGAGGUCAUGGAGGAGGAAAUAACUCCCUACUCCCUGAACCAGAGCAACUGGGUGUCUGUCGCCCCGUCUGCCCUGCCAUCCGAGGGCGUCGAAUUGAUCGCAUCGGAGCUCGCGGCCGCCAAAGAGCCUUUGGUCAUUGUCGGCUACUCCGGCCGAGAAGCUCGGGGAGUCCAGGAGCUGGUCACCCUAGCCAACACCUUCAAAGGCAUCCGGGUCCUCGACACUGGCGGCUGUGAUUUGUGCUUCCCUGGCGACCACCCAGCCUAUCUGGGAAUGCGCUUCGGCGUCCACGACGCCAUCAAAACCGCCGACUUCAUCCUCGUCGCCGACUGCGACGUCCCCUGGAUCCCGACUCUCUGCAAGCCCUCCGAUUCAGCCCGGAUCAUCCACGUCGAUGUCGACCCGCUCAAGCAGCAAAUCCCCGUCUCCUACAUUCCCACCAUCGCGACCUUCCGCGCCGAGUCCGCAACCGCCUUUAAGCAGCUCAACGAAUACAUCUCCUCCAACGCUCCCAUCCAACAAACUAUCAACUCGAGCGAAAACCUCGCCCGCGGCCAGCGUCGCGAAGCGGAAUUCCAAAAGACCCGCCAAGCCAUCCGCACCCUCGCUCUCCCACCCCCGGGCGGAGCCAACGCCCCCCUCAACGCAUCCUUCCUGCUCGGCCAAAUCCGCCAAACCUGCCCCUCAGACACCAUCUGGGCCAUCGAAUCCGUGACCCUCACCGGCAUCGUCGCCGACCAACUCGCCCCCACCGCCCCCAAAUCCUGGAUCAACUGCGGCGGCGGCGGUCUAGGCUGGUCCGGCGGCGGCGCCCUCGGCAUCAAACUCGCUACCGACGUCCAACACGGCGGCCCCAACAAAGGGAAAUUCGUCUGCCAAAUUGUCGGCGACGGCACAUACCUCUUUUCCGUCCCGGGCUCCGUCUACUGGGUCGCCCGCCGCUACAACAUUCCCAUCCUCACCAUCGUCCUCAACAACAAGGGCUGGAACGCCCCGCGCCGAAGCAUGCUCCUCGUCCACCCCAACGGCGACGGCUCCCGCGCCACCAACGAAGACCUCAACAUCUCCUUCGCCCCGACCCCAGACUACCCGGGCAUCGCAAAAGCCGCAUCCGGCGGCACAUUCUGGGGCGCCCAGGCAGCCACCGUCGCCGAGCUCCAGAAACUCCUCCCCGAGGCUGUCAAAAGCGUGCAGAACGGUACCUCGGCCGUCCUGGAAGCUCAACUCGACGGUACGCAGGGGAAGUAUGUCGCGCAAUCGCGCCUGUGAUCCUCCCCAUUAUCAACACUGCGCCUAUGAUCUCCAUAUAUCAAACUUGACUUAGUUGAUGUAUCUGACUAGCCAUCUAUCUACCUAUCUACCCAUCUACACGUUCAAUUAACCAAUUUCAUUUUUCAAUUAGAAC